GUAAACCAGAAACUAAUACUCUGCAUCUAACCAAAAUGUAUGUCCAUGGCCUGCCAAUGUACCAAUGCUCCUCAUUUCUUUAAUGCAUAAAUGUGAACAAUAUACUAUUGAUUUUCAACCAUUGCAAUAAACAUAGUAAUAGCCGGCAUCUACCACCCCUCCAAUUCAUGACCCCAUCACACUUCACACCACACCAACUUCAUUCAUAAGUCAUAACCACCAAGACACACCACUGAUCUUUCUUUUGGUGUUGAAGAAGAGAAGAUCAAUGAUCUACCUGAUCAAUGGACGACUCCAACUCACCUGAUCCCACCGCAUCCUUUGCUUUUAGAUCCACAACCACAACCACAACACCUCAGAGCAACUUCUUGAGAAGCCAUUCUACUAAAGAAACCCCUUUCUCAAACUUCAUUCACUCCCCACCACGCCUCUCUUGUCCCACUCUUUCUCGUAGCCUCCAAAACUCUCCUAUUUCCUCUCCACUUCACCACCGUCAAUUCUCACCCCCUCCCUCUCCUCCUUCUCCCACAAAACUCUCUGAUUCUGAACCUCAAACCACUUACCACUGUGCCUCUUCAGUCCUCAGAAACGAUGGACAGAUCCUCUCCAUUGCCCUGUCAUCAAAUGGUUUGGUCUACACUGGCUCUGACUCAAACCUUGUGAGGGUGUGGAAGCUCCCUGAGUUCACCGAAUGUGGACAACUCAGGACCAAGGCUUGCAGGGUGGUGGCCCUCGAAGUGUCCAAUGACACGGUUUAUGCAGCAUAUGGUGAUGGCAAAAUAAGGGUAUGGAGAAGAACUUGGGAUAAGGUGUUGAAGCAUGUUCGGUUGGCUACCAUCCCAAAGACACUCGGCUAUGUUCGCAGCUACAUCGCCGGCAAAGACAAGACAAUGCACAAGGGGCUAAUCACGGCAAUGGCAAUAAACACAGCAGAGGACAUUCUAUACACAGCUUCCCUGGACAAAACGGUGAAAGUGUGGAGAAUCUCAGACCUGAAGUGCAUAGAGACCAUCAAGGCACACACUGAGCCAAUCAACGCCAUCAUAGUGGCAGAUGAUGGAGUCCUCUACACAGCCUCAGAUGAUGCCACGGUGAGAGUUUGGCGUAGAAAUUUUUGCAGCCAUGACCAGCCUCAUUCUCUGACAGUAACAUUACACGCCAAGUACUCACCAGUGAAGGCCUUAACACUAACAGCAGAUGCGGCUGGAAUUCUAUACGGAGGCUGCACUGAUGGCUACAUACACUACUGGCUCAAGGGUUGGUUUGCGGGGCAGUUACAGUAUGGAGGGUCAAUCCAAGGGCACACACAUGCAGUGAUGUGUCUGGCAAGUGUGGCCAAAUAUGUAGUUAGUGGCUCAGCGGACUCAACGAGCAGGGUUUGGGCUAGAGAACAGGAUGGGCAGCACACGUGUCUGGCAGUUCUGGUGGGUCAUAGAGGGCCAAUUAGGUGCGUGACAGCAUUCCUAGGAGGGAGAUUGCUGGAAGAUAAUGAAGAGAGUUGCACCAUUUGCACUGGGAGCCUUGAUGGGGUCUUCAAGGUUUGGCGUGUCACUCAUAAGAAUCUUAGUAAUCAGACCUCAUCCCCACCUGGGUCUGGGGCCAAGUACUUUGAACUCUACAAGGGACUUUCAUGAUUUUACUUGUAUACUUUUUCUUUGCAAUUUGCAUUCUUCACUAGUAGUCAUCAUCACUCUCUUUUAACAUAAAUUGUUAGUUUGGAAUUUUUGUACAGCCAUUAAGAAGUAAUUGGAUAUUUUUA